AUGUGUUACUACGGCAGCUACUAUGGAGGCCUGGACUAUGGCUAUGGUGGCCUGGGCUAUGGAUAUGGUGGCCUAGGCUACAGAUAUGGCUGUGGCUAUGGUGGCUAUGGUGGUUAUGGCUAUGGCUGCCGCCGCCCGCUAUGCUGUGGAAGAUACUGGUCUUGUGGCUUCUACUGA